AUGCGCAGGCACUCCCACUCUGCACGCCACCGCUCGCCCAUCUCCCCCGCCCGGCGCCGCCGCGCCUCUUCCGCCGUGGCGGCGUCGAACAUUACUAUGGUGUCCGCCAUCGCCGCCUCCUUCCACGCUUCAUUCUUCGAAGCUUCCGGGUCGACGUCGAACUCCUACGAUGGUGGAGGUGGAGACGGUGGUGGAGGGAACUGGCCGGCGCCGGCGCGGUUCAUCAUUGUGUCGUGCCCCCACGCCGCCGACCAUCCCAGGCCGGCCAAGGCUGCCGCUGGAGACACCAAGCGUAGAUCGCGUAGUCCGGAGACACCGCACACGCCUGGCCCCGCCGCAGCCGAGAGCCAGACCUCCACCGCCGGCCGUCGAGAGGCGAGGAGAAGAGGACCUAGGGUUUACCCCUGCAGCCCGCCCCCACCCCUCCCUCUGCCGUCGGCAGGGCACACCACCCAGAUCAGCCCAUCACCCACGACCGCACAGCACCUCGGGAGCCCGGCGCACUGGCCACUGCCGAAGCGCGCCAAGAGCAAGGGAGGAGAGCCACCACCACCAAGCCACCGCAUCACCAGGCAGCCGUCCAGGCCGAAGCCACCAAACCGCCGGAGCAGCACGGCCUUGGCUUGGGAUUCUCCGCGCCGCGCAGCCGAGGAAGUCCCGAGCCUCACCCGCCACCACCGAGCAGAGCCGCCGCCCCGGGAUCCAGACUCCGCCACCGCGAGGGACAGUCGGAGGCCCCCACCCCCCUUGGGAACAAGGUCCGCCACCACCGCGGACCCAGCCAGCGCAACGGCGGUGGGAGAGACGAGGUCGGCCGCCGGCAGCGGCUAG